CUUUCGUCGUUCGGUCCGGUCUGGUCGCGAAAAAAGUGAAAAUCGACGAUUGUGGAAAAAUUUGCGUCUCAUUCCGGGAAGUACCGGUGGAAUCUGUGUUAUCGUUACGUUUCGGUAACACUUCAGGAAUUUCUUAGGGAGAAUUCUUCUGAAAGUCCUCCAUGAAAUCCAUCGUAGUCCUCCGGGAAAUCCAAUGAGAAGUCCUCCAUGAAAUCCUCCGCGAAAUCGUUCAUGAAAUUCUGCGGGAAGUCCUCCAGGAAAUUCUUCGCGAUGUCCUUCAAGAAAUUCUGCGUGAAGUCCUACAAGAAAUCCUUCGGGUUAAAUGCUAAUUUCACCAGGGAUUGAGAUCAACGGAGAAAAUUUAAUGUACCUGUCCGACCAGGAGAAUGCUUACGAGAUGACGAGAGAAACAUAACAUUCGUUUCGGCUUUUGGGUAAGGAGAAACUGAAAUACCGUAAAAGGGUCCCCAGAAUGAAGAGCGCAGCAGCGAGUUUUAACAGUAAGUCAAAGCCUGCCGCUGCCACUGCGCUAACCAUGCUGGAUGGACCGGAACCUCACCGAAGUUGCAACAGCUUAGAACGCCGAUAUCCGAGGAGCAGCAAAGAUGUUUGCGAACGCAAAUCUAUGGGCAGCCCGCAAGCUGUCGUGUCGUUCGGGAGUGAAAUCUACGAUGCCGGAUGCCUGAAAUUAAUCAACGAACAAUCCACCUCUACGUUGGCUGGGUCUUACGUACACAGCAAGGAGAAGAAUAAAAAACCCUUGGCAGUGGGCUCUGGUCAACCACUACAAGCAAGCAGGCCCUAUCAAAGCGACCGUGUGUCACUCAAAGCGCACAGCAACCGCAUAGCACAGUCGUCAGUCGUGCGAGUUAUUAUUCAUCGAAGCUUGCACAGGACUUCACAGGACGCCUCUGGAAAAAGGAGCAUCACAAGGAAUGUUCGUUGGAUGCUUUGCCGAUACGGCCACGGUUAG